AUGUCGAUUGGCAGUUGCUUGAUAUCCGUCAUUGCUAACAGCGAUGCGACGACGAACAUCAGCAUGUACCUCCGUGAUGUGUCUAAGGAACUCAUCGGCUUCUACACUAAUACGGGCCUGAGGAAAUCUCUCACGUUGAUUGCGAAGUGCAAUUUUCCUUUUUGGAGUUACGCAGAUUAUUGCUUUCUAAUUCUAUUUCCAAUUGCAGCUUCUAAUGUGGAUCCUCUGCACCUUGAAUAUUUUUUGUUCUGCGGUCGCGUGAUUGCAUUAUCCUUGAUGCAUAAAGUGCAAGUAGGAAUUGUAUUUGAUCGUGUGUUUUUCCUGCAAUUAGCUGGAAAGGUUGUUUCUUUAGAAGAUGUUCGGGAUGCAGACCCAUGCUUUUAUUCUAGCUGCAAGAUGAUUUUAGAAAUGGAUGCUGAAUUUUUGGAUUCAGAUGCUUUAGGGCUGACAUUUGUCAGAGAAGUUGAAGAGUUAGGAUCCAGGAGAGACGUGGAGCUCUGUCCUGGAGGGAAGGGCAUCGUUGUGAAUAGUAGGAACAGAGAGAAAUAUGUAAACCUUCUCAUUCAGCACCGCUUUGUCACAUCUAUCUCCGAACAAGUAACACAUUUUGCCAGAGGAUUUGCUGAUAUUCUUUGUGAUUCGAAGCUCGACAAAUUCUUUUUCCAAAGUUUGGAGCUUGAAGAUUUUGACAGAAUGCUGCAUGGAAGUGAUAAAGCAAUUUGUGUGAAGGACUGGAAAGCGCACACUGAGUACAAUGGCUACAAGGAAACUGAACGUCAAAUAUGUUGGUUUUGGAAGAUUGUUGAAGGAAUGCCCACAGAGCAACUGAGGGUACUUCUUUUCUUUUGGACGUCAUUGAAGUACCUACCAGUAGAGGGUUUUGGUGGCUUGGCUUCUCGGUUGUACAUAUACAAGUCAUCAGAGUCCCAUGAUCGCCUACCAUCAUCUCACACAUGCUUCUACCGGUUGUGUCUUCCACCUUACCCAUCACUCGCCAUCAUGAGGGACCGUCUAAAUAUCAUUACCCAAGAACAUGUGAGCUGUAGCUUUGGUAUGUGGUGAAUGGAAGAUAUACGGUAUCAGCAAGAUAUGUUUGAAAGGAUGGAUUCUGCUGCAUAUAUGGAUUGAGUAAACCUGUACAGUUCUUAGGAUCAUAAUUAUCUCUGUUCUCAGAGAAUGUAAGUUGCUCUCCGUAUUGUUUGCUCUCUUCUUUUUGCUCUUUUGUCCAUAGUUGAUUUAGGUGAAGAUUCCCUAGGAAGAUGAGGGAAAGAAAAAGAGGGGGGGGGGGGGGGGGGGGGGGAGUGCAUGGUGGAAGGAGGAAAAUGUCUUUCUGAGGGAAAAAAUUGUUUUCUUCAAUUAAAUGCAAAGCAGAAAAACUAUUUGUAUUUCCUUUUAUCUUAUUUUUAGGUGACAGUUUCUUACUCUUUAGGAAGCAAGUAUGGCUCACAGAAAUCCAUUUUUAUCUUUCUGAA